UUCCCACUCUUGCGCGAGACGCGGCGAAUUCAUCACGAGAGGAGCAGGUGGAGCGCGAGCGGACGGACUUGAAGCGAAGUAACAAGACUGGAUGACUUUUACAUUUGCCCGACUUGUUUAUCUCUCUGUCGGACAAAAGGAGGGAGACAGUGGGCUUUAAAAGCACCAACAGCUGGAAGAGCAGAAGAGAAAGUGAAGAGGUGGAGGAGCUCGGAGUGUCUGAGCUGUCCGUAUACGAAGUGACAACUGUCUCUGCAAGAGGCAGCGACCUCUCACCAUGCAGCACUACGGGGUGAACGGCUACUCUCUGCACGCCAUGAACUCCCUCAGCGCCAUGUACAACCUGCACCAGCAGGCCGCGCAACAGGCGCAGCACGCGCCAGACUACCGGCCAUCCGUGCACGCGCUCACACUGGCCGAGAGACUUGCUGACAUCAUCCUGGAGGCUCGCUACGGCUCUCAGCACCGCAAACAGCGCCGGAGCCGCACGGCCUUCACCGCACAGCAGCUGGAAGCGCUGGAGAAGACUUUCCAGAAGACCCACUACCCGGAUGUGGUGAUGAGGGAGCGGCUGGCCAUGUGCACCAACCUGCCCGAGGCCCGUGUGCAGGUUUGGUUCAAAAACCGCAGAGCCAAGUUCCGUAAGAAGCAGCGCAGCCUCCAGAAGGAGCAGCUCCAAAAGCAGAAGGAGGCAUCAGGGGAAGGAGGAAGUGAGAAGGAGGAUGCACCUCCCUCUACAACUAUCCUUCCUGACACCCAGCUCCCUCCUUCAUCCUCCUCCUCCUCCUCCUCUUCUCUGGAGACAGAGGGUCCUGUAGUCCGUCCCGUACCGCUGGACAUGGAGCUGAACGUCACGUCAGCAGAACACUCUGGCAGCGAGUCAGCAACAGAGGAUAAUGCGACUGAUAAGGAAGAAGAAAGUAAAUCUCAGAGAGAGGAGGUGAAGUGUGAGAGAGCAAUGACUCCUGGGGACGUCUCUCCGGCUUGCAAAAGACUCAGCCCUAAACCAGACUCUCCCCUGGUCUCUCCAUCCGUGACCCCCUCUUCCUCCAGCGGUGGCCUGGCCAGCAGCGGCCCUCUCUCUCAGGGCCACUCUUACUCUUCCUCCCCUCUCAGCCUGUUUCGCCUGCAGGAGCAGUUUCGCCAGCACAUGGCCGCCACUAACAACCUGGUGCACUACCCUGCUUUUGACCUUUCUGCCCCAUCUUCUCUCCCCUACCUGGGGAUGAAUGUCAACAUGCCCCCUGCGCCACUGGGCUCUCUGCCCUGCCAGUCUUACUACCAGUCCCUGUCCCAUCACGCUCAGCAGGUGUGGAACAGCCCGCUGCUGCAGGCGUCGGCUGCAGGCGGCCUCACCAGCCACAACAACAAGACCACCAGCAUCGAGAACCUGCGUCUGAGGGCCAAGCAGCAUGCUGCCUCACUGGGACUGGACACAAUGUCUAACUGAGCAUCACAUUGUAUGGAGGACAAUGUAAAGUAGGCCAGAGACUCGGCCUACACGUCAUCCCAUCCUACUGCGUGUCUGUGUGACUGUGAUAGUUCUUUAGGAACCAUAUACUGAGCCCUUCCCGACGCCAUGGGCACAGGACAUGAAGAGAUGUCCAAAAAUAAAACAUGACAACAUGCACUGGACCUACAGAACUCCAUUUAACAGCUUUUUAAGUCAGACCACACGUCCACAGCUUCUUUGACUCCUCUAAGCUUCAGUUGCAGCUCAACAUCCAGAAGUGUAACCUCGGGAAUAGAAAUCCCACAAGAUAUUAAACUCGAAUAAUGCGACAGGUCAACUGAAUGUCCUGACUCAGAAGACAGUGACUCAUAUAAAGAUGUUUCCAACAGACAUGUAAUGCUGGACCUUCUUCACAUCUGAAAUAAUUAAAAAGAAGAAUCACUGAGAAUAAUGAACACACACACACACACACACACACACACACACACACACACAAACACACACGAUGGAUGCACUCAGAUUAAAAGACAAUACAAACAAUGUUUACAAGGAUAAUGUGAAUAAAUGAGGCACUUUUGACGGAAUUAGGCUUGUUGGCCAGGAAGAAAAAGGCAGCGGUCGUGCAGCAAAGAGACCAUUAUUGUCACAGGACCACUGACAUUUCAAUUAAGCAGCACUGGUUAUGUACAUAGCAUGUACUACAUAACAGCACAUAAAUAAAAAUAAACUUCAAGCCAUGUUGUCCUCAACAGCAUAAUUAAAAGUGACUAAUUUACCAGUUUAAUGGCCAGCAAUAUUCCACUUUGUACAGAGGCUGGCUUGAUAAUGAGAAAAUGAUUCCAGUGACUAAAUUCUCAGAGCUUUUAAUUACAUUUUGCCCUGGGCUGAGGGAGCUGGGGCAAAUGCAAUUAUGAACAUGCAUACCAUUUAAGACCGCCUUUAUAAAUUCAAAAGGCCUGUGCACUAAAACGGUCAAUUAAGGUAGCAACAUGACUGACAUCACUUUACCAUGAGUUGAUAAAUUUCCUUUGAAUACAAAAUGAUAUGGUAAACAAAUUUGGACGUUUGGAUAAAUGUCUCGGCCCAUAUUUUAUUCCCGCCUUAAUAUUCUCUUGAGGAAACAUGCAGCUUUUCAUUGAAAGUCAGACUGACUGUUAGCACUUGAUGAGGAGAAUCACACACGUCUCUGAUGUUUUCUGUUAAUGUGUUCUGGAAGCUAAUGUCUUCAUAUGAAAAAAAAAGCACAUUAUUUUAGUAUGUAAAAUAAAAAAACUCUAUCUAUUAAUGUUUACUGGUAAGGUAAUUGUAAAGUUCCUAUUAUGGUGUAUAAUUGAUUAUGGACUCAGAUAAAAUUUCCUUUAGCUGUCAGAUUGUAAGAUUGUAUUUGCUGAGCUCACCGGCAGCCCUGUCUUCCCCUCCUCUCUUGGUUGUCUGUGUAAUGGUCCUGGGUUGAAUUAAUAUUUUAUGUGUUCACUUUCUUCUCUGGAAGUGUCUGGAAAGAAGCAAUUGAACAAAUUUGGAAAGAAGGAAGACUGCCACCGUCUUUAUCUUGCAAUCCAGACUGAAAAGCCUGAAGUCAAAGAAAGUGAUUUCAGUGAAUAAUUGACCCAAGUCCUCUGUGUACUGCUGUCUUGACUCUAUUUGAGUUCUGUUGUUGCUAUUAUUCUAAUGCUGCCCCCCCCCCACUGUCUCUGUCAAACUACUUGGUCCAGUGGUAGAUAGAUUUAUAAUGGUGGAGGAGAGAGUGAGCGGACCAUCAGCAGUGUUGUUUCUUUACUCCUCCCUAACAAUGUAGACUUGAAAUAGUGUUGUUGUAAAAUAAUCUCAAAUAAAAACCUUGCUUGGA